AUGGAUAUGCUUUCACAACUGACCUUGUCAUCAUGGCGCAACUUCAGUCUCUUUUCUACAGAAGAGAAGAAACCCAUUGACAUACCCUCCGUCAAAAUUCAUGACCUGGAAUCAGUCGAGGAGAAACCCGCUAAGCGCUUAAAGUAUUUGCUGAAGCUAAACCAUGCAAAUUACGCUAUUCUAUACAACGACCGCAAAUUCCACAAUCAUGCGCCCCAUCUCAUUAGUGCCGCGUUCUUACAGGGCGCGAGCGCAGAUGAUCUAACUCGGAUCUUUGACAAUGAGUCUCAGAUCUUGAGUGAAUGGGAAGAUCCACCUGCUGAAGUAGCUGAUGAUUGGAGAGACUUUCUGGGACGUCGCGAGUAUCAAAAGUCAUUCGUCGAGUAUUUUGACGAUGAGAUAGCUCGAGAUAACUAUGACUGGAAACAAGUCGUCGCAGAAAGUCUCUUCGAGGGCGAGCAGCCUGUUUUUAAUGGCCUUAUUGCUGACUUGGGACAUCCCCUCAUUCACCUGGCCUAUGCAUAUGAAGUAUCCAGCAAGGAAGUGGCCAUGGAGGCCCUCGGGCUAGCAGCAACCUGCUACAAUAACCUGCACACAUACCUGGAUGACCCCGUCCAUUCACAAAGCGAGCCGUCAUAUCGCUCAACAUCAUUAUUUGAGAUUAUCGAGAAAGUCCGUUCGGACCCAGAACUCGAUGGAUUGUUCGACUCCUUCGGUGAUAAUAACCGAGAAACUCUCUUCCAAACUCGUGAAGCUUUACUUCUGAACCACUGGAAUGCAUUGACAAUCGAAAACCCGAUCGAACAGAUUCGUGAAAGCCAAGAACUUGCCACUGCACUCUUCAUUUCGACAUCAGCGUCAGAAGAUAAAUACGACUUUUACCUCGUACAUCUUCUCACUACCAGUCACGCAGUUCGCGUUCUGUUGCCUCUUAUCCCGGCUAAAUUCCAGAUUCCCCUUUUCCGUCAAUGGUGGCUCCUUACCCUGUCAGUCUUCAUUGGACAACUUCGUCCUCAAAUCCUGAUGAAUCGCAUUUGUGAUUUUGAUCUCAAGGGUCGGGACUGGCAGUGGACCGCUAGGCAGGCUGUGAAGGGGGAUUAUUCGACUGAUUCUCACUAUGUUAAGACUCUUCACUCCUUGAAGGUAAUGUCUUCAACCUGGGGCGAUCACGAUAAUUUCUAUCUCAAGGCCGCUGUGAAAUUUGCUGAAGGCUUCAAUGGGUGGGGUGGUUUUGUCUGA